UCGCUCGUAUGAGUCUAACCUCUGCACCCUUGGAAGUUGGCUUGGCCUUCGACACUGGACCCGAGAGCGCGCACGCCGUUCAGGACUAUGCACUAGCGCGCCACAAGUCCGUCCGCGUGGAGCGCGCAAGCGGCUCGGACCGGCGUCUGGUGUGCUCGUCUGAAGUGCCGUGUGGCUUCUUCGUGCAGAUUUACCGCAAGCGCAUGGCCGACAAGAAGACAUACGGCAAGUGGUACAUCGCAUCGCUGGAUCUGACACACUCGGAGGGAUGCAACUCCAAGUGCCGUCUCACCACCCGGCAGGUCGCCGCACUACCAGCUUUCGUGGAGGCCGUGCGGGCCAAUCCCAAGGCCUCGAUCGAGCUCCUCAUGGACCUGAUGCUGGAACGUCACGGCGUGUCACUGCAGAAGCAGCUCCGUCUCGUGUACCGAGCCCGAGACUUGAUACGUAACGGCAAAAAGGUCAAUAGCAACCUGUUGCCCAGUGAAGAUGCGCCGCUGCCCGAAAGACAAUACGUGCGUUGUCGCGCGACAGAAAAGAAGCCGUCGCCCGAGCCCGAAAGACCCAAGAGCGCAGGUAGAAUGACAUGGAGCGACGCGCUCGUUGAGUCACUCCUCAUUGAGCGUCUAGUAAAGCACGGAGAGCAAUUCGUUGACGCUGCAGGUCCGUCGCAACAUCGCGAGUUGUGGGAGAUGAUCCGGAGAGAGUUUAACACCAUGCAUGGCGAGGCAGUCACAGUGACGCAACUGCGAGCCAAGUACAGAUAUUUGCAGGAGCAGUAUGUGAAGUUUCGUGCUGAGGAGGAGAUAGCUGCGAAAGAUCCUAACAAGUUGGUGAUCUACCCGCGUUGCUGGGAUAUGCUGGCCGAGUACUUUGGAGAAGAAGGGGUUCACAACCACGCUGAUGUGGGUGUGGAUGAUGAGGAGGUUCUUGUGAAGGGAGCAACUACCAGUCAAGGAUUCAUCGUACCGGGCCAGUUGGAGGACUCCCAGCUGUCUGCACAGUCAACGGCCCUGGUCCCACAGAUAACCUCUGCACCUCCAGUCAACUCAACUCCACUUCAAGCAAGUCAAAGUCUAGUGGACAGGCAGGCUUCGUCACCUGUGCAGACCGAUAUGGUUGCAAAGAGAAGAAGGCUGAAUAUGUCCGAGACGUCGAUUGUUGCUACUGAUUCGUCUAUUGAGGCCGCUCGGAAGCUGGAGGCCAUCCAAAACCUGCAGAGCGAUAUGGCUCGAUCGAUGGACGGCAUGAAACAAGUAGUCGAGCAGUCGAAUGAGGCCAUUCGCGGCCUCCAGAAGGCGCUGGACCAGUCCAACCAAGUGAACGCUGCUCUGCUGGACUUCCUCAGCCGUCAACCGUCUGCAUAGGGAGAUAGGACUUACAUUUUUAACGUUUUGUUACGCUGGUACGAAUA